AUGUUUAGCUCGUUCAGAAAUGGCCGCAACCUUGUUGAAAAUUGUGAUGUAAGUGAUGGCGAAAUAUCACGUAAGUAUUGCUUUUCUUUCGCACUUUUGACUGAGAUUUUUUAACAUUUUCUUUAAAUUUUCAGUUGACAACACUCUUUUGUUUAUUUUGUAUGUUUAUGUUGAUGGGCAGACACGUAGAUAUGGCCUAAGCCACAAAGCACUAAUCAAGGUAAGAUGACACUGUGAUUGUUUACAUUUAGGUUGAUAAACUUUCGAGGAAAUUGCGUCACAAAAUAGUCCGAUUUUAGUGCAUUUUGUUAGUUGUUUUUUUAUGCAUUUUUUGUCGACUUAAUUUCAUGUAGUGUCUUUCAAAUAUGUCAUAAUGUAAAGACAAUUGGUCAAUUUGUGGCUUUACAACAAUUAAAAUUAGAAAUAAGGUCGUAUUUUAUUAAAAAUUUGCCGAAAAUUUGCCCCAUUGUAUGAGCUUUGCCUGGCAAUUUGUUGCUAAGACCCAAAUCACCACUAAGGAGUAAACUGAGAAAAUGAUGUCAUUGUGGCACUAGGUUGCUAAAUGUAACUAAAUUUGUCAUCUGGCAACCAGAUAUGUUGUGAAUUGUUGGUUAAUUUGAAUUUCAUCUGUUUUUAUGUAGCAUUAUCACUUUGCAUUAUGGGCAAGUCUCGAAUAGGACGAAGGAGAAAAUAUUCCCACAGAAUAUACAAAACGAGCACCACAGAUAUUAUCGACGAUGAUCAGGGUUUACCAUACAAGUUUCAGUUCCACCUACGAAAUUUGCCAGCAACAAUCUUCACUCACCCAUCUAUCAACAAUUUUAUUGAAGUCUUCGAAUUAUUGGUUAAUGUUGACAUUUUGGCUGAGAGAUGGACCUUGGUUAACCAUGAUCAUCCAUUCCUGAUGCUUUCCACUUUUUGUGAAAAUGGGACAUUGCCUCCAAGUGUUGAAAAAACCGUGAUUGUCAAUGAAGACCUGACAUGGAACUGUAUAAUUAAGAAUAAGAAUGUGAAGGAGAAUGUACAUGGAAUUUGCAACACUUUAAAUAACACAAAUGCCUUUGUUAUGCUGUUGGAUUUUAUGGAUGCUUGCAAAGUAUGCUCUGGCAUACAAGACAAUAAACUUAUUGAAUUGUCUAAGUUGAAAAACCGGAAUGGAGUGUUUAAAGAUCGACAAGGGAAUAUCAGAGGUGAACUGAAAGAUGAUGACGUUAUCAGACCAGUUGAUUGCUGUGGAGUUGUCCCAACAACUGCCAAUGGUAAUUUGUGUGACUGUUGUAAAUCAUACCGUAAAUGCCUUCUGACAAUUUUGCUAAGAGAAAAACGUAAGUUGCUGUGUGAAGUAUCUGUGGUGAAAGCAAAUACCAAGGUCAACAGUCAUUGUCCAUGGAAACAUCUAUCGGAAGAAGAACACAAACAAAGGGUAAAUAAUUGCAGGCAAGGUAGACAACAACAAUUUCGUCAAAUUCAACGGCUAAAAAAGAGAUUUGAAGAUGAAUCUAUUGAACUUGUACCAGAUGACCAUACAGUAAUGGAAACUCUCUUCACUGACUUGCAGUCACAAAACAAAUGUGAAAAUAAGAACGACUUUAAAUCCUUGUUGCUAGAAGAGCAAGAGAAAGCAAUGGAAUGCUCCGAUAAAAGGGGAAGAAGAUGGCACCCUCUAAUAAUUAGGUGGUGCUUUCAGAUGCAUGCAACAUCCCCAAAAGCAUACCAGAUGCUAAGGGAAAGUGGUAUAUUAACUCUACCUCAUAGUAGGACAUUACAUGACUACAGUCAUUGCUUUAAGGCUAACAUAGGUUUUGAUUCUAACUUUUUAGAUAUAGUUAAGAAAGAUUUUUUAGGAAGAUGUAAUCCUAAAGAAUGUGAUUCAUGGAUAGGAAUCAUUCAUGACGAAGUCUCUUUGCGGCAGGACCUUGUAUUCGAUGAUUCAGGUAGGCUUGUUGGGUUUGUUAAUUUGGGCUCCACACAGAAUGCUAUUGAUUCCUUGGAGGAUUCACUUUCAGUAGGGGGAUGUUCUACUAGUUCGCCAGUAGAGGCAACACACAUGAUUCAGUUUAUGGCUGUUAGCCUAUGUUCUGAUUGGAAAAUGCCAAUUGCAUUCUUUCCAACAACCACAAUUAAGUCUUUUGCACUGUUUAAUCUCUUUUGGAAAUGUGUUGAAGAAUUAGAGGAGAGGGAUUUUAAGGUUCUUACCACAACUUGUGAUGGUGCAUCCCCUCACCGUACGUUUUAUAAGUAUCAUAUCAUACCAGGUGAUACUCGAACAAAAAUACUUUAUAAAACACCAAAUCCAUAUGCUGAUGAAGAGCGACCGUUAUUCUUUAUCUGUGAUCCAGUUCACCUUUUAAAGACUACCCGUAACAACUGGGAAAAUAGUUUUUGGAAAAAUAAAACAAAAAAAUUAAGGAACAACAAUAGGUGGAUAAGUUGGCUACAGUUAAUUGAUGCUUUUGAAAAUGAUAUAAAUGAUUCAAAUGCCUCAGGUUUGCGGAUUCUUCAUAAAUUAAACAAUGAUCAUCUUUUUCUGAAUCCAUACUUAAGAAUGAGGGUUUAUUUAGCUGCCCAGGUUUUCAGUAAUAGGGUUGCUUGUGCCAUGACAGUUCAGGGAAAAGCAGGGACGGAAGAAACCAUUAAGUUUGUUAAGAACAUGAACGACUUUUUUGACUGUCUUAAUGCCAACAAAGUUUCUACUAAAUUUGAGUUUAAGAGUGUUUACCGUUGUGCAGAUGAUAGGAGGCUUGUUUGGCUUAAAACUGACUUUUUGAAGUAUUUUCAGGAUUGGGAGGAAUGGGCUUUAGGUCAGACAGACGUGCCAUUAUCCGAGCGUAAGCAGUACUUUAUAAGUGAUCAAACUUGGGAAGGUUUGCAGAUCUGUAUUAACUCAUUUAGGUUGUGCAGUUUUUGCUUAAAAUUCCAGAUGUAGAUUAUGUUGUUGCCACUAAGUUUAAUCAGGACCCAAUAGAGAAGUUCUUUGGAAAGUUACGGCAGCAGAGGGGUGCAUAUGGGACCUUUACAUGUAGUGAAUUCCAACAAUCUUUUGCUAGUACUUCCUUUUGCCAGACUCAUGCAAUGAAAGUUGUUAGACGGUUGAAGAGGAAUGGUGGUUCUCUUGAUGACCUUGAUCCAGACUUGAAAAUAGCUAAGCAUAAGGUCAUAAAGAAAUAG